AUGGCUCCUUGGAACAAACUUGUCGCCUUCGGCGCCCUCUUCGCCGUGGCCAACGCCUCAUGUUCCAGCGACGAGGACUGCUCUCUCAACGGCGUCUGCUCUCCACAAGGAACCUGUGCCUGUGACAAGGGCUGGGUAGGAGCCGAUUGCGGCGUAGUCGACACUCGCCCAGCACACCUCAACACAGGCUACAACUUGACUGCUUCGGGAACCUCGUCCUGGGGAUCCAAGAUUGUCCAGGACCCCACGGACAAGAACCUGCACCACUUGUUCGCUGCCGAAUUCAGCCAUGGCUGCGGUCUUGACUACUGGGCGCCGUACAGCCGCAUCAUCCGCGCCGAGUCUCGUACAGGGCCUGCCGGGCCGUAUUCGUUUGCCGCUGAGAUCCAGCCCGCCUUUGCACACAACCCCACUGUCGUGUACAGCCCCGCGGAUAAGCAAUGGCUCAUGUACUACAUUGGAUGCAAGCAAAAGGUUGUGACCAACAAGUGCACAUUUAACAGGUUUACCUGCGGACCAGGCAACGCAAAUAAUGGUGAAAGCGGCCUCUCCGUCAUGUCUAGCUGGGACCUCAAGCACUGGUACCCGCACGGCCAAGUCUUCAAGGGCGACAACUCGAGCAGCUGGGACGCCGACGUGACCAACCCCACGGUCUUCCCGCUUCACAAGGCCGGUACUGGUGCCAGAGCACAUGCAAGUGCUGGCUCGGGCUCGUCGAAUGCCUACGCUUCUGCAGGUGGCGAGGAGGAUCCUGGCAUGCUUCUUGUUUACAGAGGAUGUCCGUACGACUGCGGUGGUGCAGAGCAGAUUAAUGUUGCUGUUUCGCCGACCGGAUAUUUGGGCCCAUAUACCAAGAUUGGCCCGGAUCCUAUUUUCGAAAACGGCAACGAAGAUCCGUUUGUCUGGCGUGACAAGCGCGGCAACUGGCACAUGCUGCUGCACUCGUUGGAAGCAGAUGGUGGCUUUGGCAACGGACCCAAGGUUGGCCGCCACGCAUUUGCAAGAGACUACAAGGGCCCAUGGACAUUUGUUGAUAGGUCGUUGGCGUUCAGCACCGAGGUCAAGUACAGCGACGGAAGCACCAUUGACUUUUUCAGACGCGAGAGACCCCAACUGUACUUUUCCGACGACGGUGAAAUGACGCCGUUGUUUAUGACCACGGGUGUCCAGCCGCGCAACAACCCGAUGAGUUAUACCGUCAUUGUUCCCAUUGGCGAUGAUGGUGUCAAGGCUCAGGGGUAA